GGACGGGAACAGCCCGUGUUCGCGACGCGUCAAUCUUCCGUACCCCAUGUCAGAAUAUCUAAAUCAUUCAACGUCCUCGGCUCUGGAUAUGGCAUGAACUCGGAACUUUAGAAGUUAGUGAUGUGUUUAGAAAACUGAUCGGUGGCUGUCGGCUGAAGGGUCGAAAUGGGUCAAGCGGCGAGUGGAGUGCGAUCCGCGUUGUGGCUGAGUUUUCUACACGGAUGCCUCUUCUUAAUCGCUGGACAUGGGACGGACGCACCAUUAGAUAAAACAACGAUGGAUAUAUCUUCGAGAAAAUUCCGUAGUGAAUACCUCCAGGAAUGGCAAGGAUCAGCCGACGCGCCCUUUUUUGACCCAACCACGCCGAGAAAUAUUACAGGAUUAGUCGGUCAUCCUGUCCGUUUAUUAUGCAGAGUUAAGAACCUUCAGAAUAGAACUGUAUCAUGGGUGCGUCACCGCGACAUACACUUGUUGACGGUGGGCCGCUACACCUACACCUCGGACCAGCGGUUCGAGGCGCAGCACAAGCCGCGCUCUGAGGAGUGGGCGCUUCGGAUACGGAGCCCGCAGCGCCGGGACUCCGGACAGUACGAGUGCCAGAUAUCCACUACACCGCCUGUGGGACACGCAGUUUUUCUGAGUAUUGUUGAACCAGAAACAUCAAUAUCGAGUGGAGCUGAAUUAUUCAUACAGGCGGGAUCCACGAUCAAUCUGACUUGCACGGUCCAGCACACGCCGGAGCCACCGUCAUCCAUCACGUGGUCUCACGGUGACCAGAUAAUAAACUUCGACUCAGCACGCGGUGGAAUCUCUCUAGUCACAGAGAAAGGUCUCAAAAGCACGAGUCGCCUUCUUGUUCAGCGUGCGAGAGGGUCCGACGCCGGAGUAUACACAUGUGGCCCAAACAACGCACCAGUUGCUGCUAUAAGAGUUCAUGUUUUAUCAGGUGAACAUCCCGCCGCCAUGCAACAAAGCUGCGCUACGUCGUAUUUGGACGUUUCGGUGUCGAUACUUUGUUUCCUAUCGCUCCUUACAACGAUUGUUAGUGAUGUGCAUUAUGGCACGUGAAUGAUGGAGGCUUUAUAUAGUCUAAGUUAGUGAUGUAAAGUUGUGGAUGAUAUCGAUAAUUUUGUAAAUAUUUUAUGUAAAAUACUUU